CUCCCUCGACUGAAACGCCUUCUUAUGUCUUGAAAACAACAUGCUGUACUCAGAGGUGUAGGUAGUGUGUUGUAGUUAGAGGACAGACAGUAGAUGAUGCUGCUGCUGGCCUUCUCUCUGGUGUUCACCCCGCUGUGUGACGCAGUGUGUUCAGCUCAGGAGUUCACAUGCUCUCAGGGCUUGUGUUUGCCUCAGGAUUAUGUGUGUGACUUCACGGACGACUGUGGAGAUUACAGCGAUGAGAAGAACUGCUCUGGAUAUAAGAGGUGUGAUUUUGAGGAUGGAUUCUGUGACCUGAUCCAGAGCUCAGAGUUCGGAUGGAUCAGAACAACUGAGGCUCCUGGACUCAAACAAGACCACACCAACACAUCAGCCCACUUCCUGUCCCUUUCCCCCGGAAACAGAACCACUGCAGACCUGAUCAGUCCCGUCUUCCUGCCCAGUAAAACCUGCCAGGUGACUUUCUACCUUUAUGUCGGGGUGGAUCGUGCAGAUCCCCAGGUCUUGGUUCAGACACUGGGCCAGAACAAAGAGGUGUGGAAACUCUCAGAACCACAGAGGGAAACGUGGCAGCGGAUAUCAAUUACAUUCUCCAGCGAUCACAGUUUUCAGGUUUUGAUUUGUGGUCGACUUCCUUCUGACAGCCCAGCCUCUGAGGUUGUGGCCAUCGAUGACCUGUCCUUUAGUCCCGGCUGUGUGACUGCUCCUGAGAGCAGUCCUCCUCCGCCUCCUCUUCCUGUUUGCCCUCCUUCCAUGUUUCCCUGCAGCGAUGGGGAGUGCAUCGAGGAGAGCAAAGUGUGCGACUUCACCCCUCACUGUCCCCGAGGAGAGGACGAAGCAAGCUGCCCCUCUGAGUGUGACUUUGAGGGCGGGUCUUGCGGAUGGUAUGAGCUCACCCUCGGAGACGGCUUCGACUGGGUCAGAGGUUCUUCUGUGGAGGUUCCUCCCGACUACCACCCGCCCCCUCUGGACCACUCCACCAACAGCACUAAAGGCCAUUUCAUGUUCAUACUGAAGAACAGCAGCAGUCUUUAUCCAAAGGCUGUCCUCCGAGGACCCUGGUUCAAGCAGUCGGCCUCCGGGUGUAGCAUGAGCUUCUGGCACUAUAACUCUGGUUUCUCCGUGGGGGCUGCAGACAUGUACCUCCGGAUCGACGGAGACCAGAACCAGACGGUGAUCUGGAAGACGUUCUACGAUCAGGGUCCCCGCUGGAACCCGGUCACCGUGCAGUUGGGACGCAUCACCCAGCCCUUCCAGAUCGCCCUGGGUAAGAUCAGUCUCGGCGUGUUCGACGGCGUCUCCGCCCUGGAUGACGUGACCUUCAGGAACUGCUCGAUGCCCCCCGCUGUGAAGGCGUGUCCGGCACACACACACUUCCACUGCACAGUAACCAAGGCGUGUGUGGAGCAUCUGCAGCUCUGCGACCUCGUGGACGACUGUGGAGACGGAUCUGACGAGCAGGGCUGUUCUCCGGAGCUGCAGUGUAGCUUUGAACACGGGCUGUGCAGCUGGUCACAGGAGCAGAGCGGGGGGGACGCGUUCGACUGGACCCGUAUCCAGGGCCCGACUCCCACCAUAAACACAGGGCCCUGGAAGGACCACACGCUGGGCACCAGCUCCGGACACUACCUAUACAUCGAGUCCUCGUCCCCCCAGGAGUUUGAAGACUCGGCCGUGCUGCUGAGCCGGGUCUUCAGACCCACCGUCCAGCGGGGGGGCAGGAACCACUGCGUUUUCCGGUUCCACUACCAUAUGUUCGGGUCCCACGUGUUCUGCCUGGCCGUGUACAUGAGGACCGCCGCUGAAGGCCGCGGACACAUGCUGUGGGUCCGGUACGGAGCGCAAGGAAACCUGUGGCACCGGAAGACCCUCUACCUCACCAGCGCCAGGCCUUUCCAGAUUGUGAUUGAGGGAAAAGUCGGAGAUGAUUUUAACGGAGACAUCGCCAUCGAUGACCUUUCCUUCCUGGACUGUGAACCUCAUGAUGGUAAUCUCCCCGAUGCUAAUACCACCAUCCCUGCAGUCACCACUCCCCCCCCCACUGUUCCGCCCCACAUCUGCCCUGAUGGACAGUUUGCAUGUGGGUCUUACAGGCAGUGUGUUCCCAACAGCGGAGUGUGUGACUUCAGAUGGGACUGCUCUGAUGGCUCAGAUGAGUUAAACUGUGUGAGGGAACAGUGUGAUUUUGAAGGCGGCGACACCUGUGGCUGGCAGAGCGACGACUCCUCUCUGAACUCGAUUCACGCAUUUCGCUGGUCACCUGUUCAAGGGGAGGGCAUCCAUGAUGGAGAGCAGAACCACAGACCCAUUAAUGACCACACACUCGGCAGUCCAGAGGGCUGGUACUUAUGCGCUGACAGUUCAAACGGCGGCUACGCUCAAACCACCGUCCUGCAGACGCCUGUUAUCUCCUCCACCGGACCACAAUGCACCCUGGUCUUCUGGUACCACAUGAGCGGGUUCACAGUGGGAUCCCUGCAGGUGCUGCUGAAGUACGGAAACACCUCUCAUGAGGUCUGGUCUCAGUCUGGCAAUCAGGGACACAAAUGGAGGCGAGGGGAAAUGUUUAUAGGCAUUGCAAACAACUUCCAGGUGGUGUUCAGGGCUAAGCGGGGGAUCAGCUACAUGGGCGACGUGGUGAUCGAUGACGUCAGCUUCCUGCACUGCCCCCCUCCUCCCCCCUCAGACCAGCCCUGCACACCUGAUCAGUUCACCUGCAGCAACCGGCGCUGCAUCGUUCUGGAUCAGCUGUGUGACUUCAUCAACCACUGCGGGGACAACUCGGAUGAGGACCCCUACAUCUGCCAGGGCUUCGGUGCACGCUGCAGCUUUGAGUUUGACCUCUGUUCGUGGCGUCAGAGCCGUCUGGAUGAUUUCGAUUGGCUGAUUAAAGCCGGCAGCACCUCCACAGGUGGCACCGGGCCGUCCAGUGACCACACCCUCAGAGACCCAUCCGGACACUACCUGUACCUGGAGGGGUCCUUCCCCCAGGCAGCCGGAGACUCCGCCCGCAUCACAGGACCGCUGCUGAGCCGCCGGAGCAACCAGUGCAAGGUGCGUUUCUAUUUCCACAUGUCCGGAGAAGGCAUCGGGACCCUCAGUGUGUUCAGAGGAAGUAAAGCAGGUCUCGAUCUGCUGCUGAACCUGACGGGGGACCAGGGUCACUCGUGGCAGAGGAUGGAGGUCCAGCUGAGCCACGAGGAAGACUUUCAGGUGGUGUUUGAGGGCAUGGUGGGCCGAAACCAAAAGGGGGAUAUCUGCCUGGACGACAUCAGCUUGUCUUCGGGAUGUCUGCUCACCUCCUCACAUGAAGAAGAGAGCUACACUCCUCUUCCUCCUGCAGGCUCCUGUCCUCCAGGCCUCCUGCCGUGUGAAAAUGGCGGCUGCUUCACCCCGGGUCAGAGCUGUGACUUCACAGAGGACUGCAGCGACGGCUCUGAUGAAAAGCAUUGUGGGACUUCCUGCACCUUUGAGGAUGGCCGCUGUGGCUGGAAGAGCUCCGUGGCCGACAACUUUGAUUGGACGCUGGGGACGGGAUCUGUGAAGAGCAUCCGGCCUCCGUACGAUCACACGCUGGGGGGCGAACGGGGUCACUUCAUCUACCUGUCGGCCACACCUGUCGGCCUGAAAGGUGACAAAGCUCACAUCCGGAGCUCCGUUUGGAAGCAGUCCAGUGCCAUCUGCAAGCUCUCCUUCUGGUACUACAUUUCCAACAAGGCCUGGGGAACCAUCCGCCUGCUGAUCAAGACGGAGAAUGAGUUGUGGGUGGUGUGGAACAAAACGGGGCACCAAGGGAACAGAUGGAACCGAGCCGAAGUCCCACUGAGGAACCUGAGGAACUUCCAGGUGAUCUUCGAGGGGAUCCGCUCCAUGGACGUGAACGGGGGGGCUUCCCUGGACGACCUGGAGUUCAGAAACUGUUCCCCAGACGCCGUGCAGCCCCUCAGUUGUCCGGCCCUCUCAGACUUUGUGUGUGACAGCGGACACUGCGUCGAGUCUCACCUGGUGUGUGACGGCAAGGCCGACUGUGCCGACGGGUCCGAUGAGAAACACUGUGGCAUCUGUGACUUCAACAUGGGUGCAGAGUGGUGGGAAUACAGCUGUGGGUUUGACCAGGACUCUGAGGAUGAUUUUGAUUGGAUGAUCGGUUGUCGCAGUGAGACUCCAGGAGCUGGACCUCCGAGUGACCACAGUCCUGGCGGUGAUGGGAACUUCCUGUACAUACGCUCAGCCACUCAGAGGGAAGGAGACGUUGCCAAGGUGAUGACCAGCCGUCCGUUUCCCGCCAGCAUCGGCCUGUGUCGCCUGCGCUUCUGGUUCUUCAUGCACGGCUCUGACAGGAUGGGAGCGCUGAAGGUCUUCACCUCCGGUCCCAGUGGCUCCAGUCUGCUGAUGUGGGCCGCCACUGGUAACCACGGUAACCAGUGGAGGUACGCUAACGUUAUCCUGUCCAACCCGGCGGCGUUCACAGUGACUUUCCAGGCGGAGGCGGGGGGGGACGUGUGGACAGACAUCGCUCUGGAUGACGUCUCGUUCACUGCAGAGUGCCGGGCAGGAGGGCCAGUUACCCCCCAGCCUCUGACCUGUGCUUGGGACCAGUACCAGUGCUUAUACUCCCACCAGUGCAUCCCUGCGAGCUGGAGGUGUGAUGGAGAUCUGGACUGUACCGAUCAGUCUGAUGAAGAGGAGUGUCCCGCUGUGGUCCCUGGGACUCUUCCUCCUCAGGAUCAGUGUUACGCCGGACAGUUUCAGUGUUCGAAUGCCGUCUGUCUGCCGACCGUCCUGCGCUGCGACGGCGUCUCCGACUGUCCCGACGGGGAGGACGAGAACAGCUGCCCGGUGCUGCAGUGCUUGCUGGGAGAGCUGCUGUGUGACAGUGGUCCUGGGUGUAUUCCUCUUCAGAAACGCUGUGACGGAUCUGCAGACUGUCAGCCGUUCCUCUCUGAUGAGUCCAGCUGCGACGAAUGCCCUCCUCAGUACUGCCUGAAUCAGGGCUCCUGCUACUCAGGGAGGAACGGACCUGUUUGUAUGUGUUUUCCAGGCUGGACAGGAAACCGCUGCCAUGUGAAGGAGAAGCCGGCCUUAUCCACCGUGACACCUGAACCAGAGGACACCCAGCUGGACUCUGUUUAUGUUGGCAUCGGCAUUGGGCUGCUGCUGCUGGUAGCCGGACUCUCCGUCUGCACGCUGGUUUUACUAAGGAAGAGAUGCUGCCCAGCAAAGCCGAACAACUACGGCGUGAUGGACAACCAAAGCUGUGGCUGGAGAGCAGAGCUCCCGUGCCCUGAGACACCAGGCUGUUGUCCCAGAGUUAUUAACCCCAGCAGCAGCGGGGACGCUCGGGGGCUCUCCAUCAGCGUUUACCCCUGGAAGAGGGAGGUGGAGCAGGGUUCCUCCUGGAGAGACGGCAAGCUGUCUUUCGCCAACCCGCUGUACAAUUACCCCCCCGACAGCAAGAGCUCUAAAGCAUAAUGGACUUUACAGUAAAGACACUGCAGAGGAUCAAAUGAGUUUGUCUCGAGGUGGAAUCAACCGAAGAGUGGAAUAAAAUGUGGAUAUUUUGCAAAGGAAGUAUUUGAAUGUGAUCCUGAUGCAUUGCUUUUGCUGAUUGACAACUAAGUGGUUAAUUAGCUAUAUGAUAUCCCCCAUGCAUCUGGUAAAUAAAACUUCUGC